UUGUAGGUCAUGUGCACUUUGAGACCAUUCACCUGCAAGGACUUAUUUCGCUUUAAUAGAGUUAAUUUCGACCCUCUAACAGAAAACUAUGGAACUUCAUUUUAUUUGCAGUAUUUAGUAAACUGGCCUGAGUACUGCACUGUCGCUGAGAGUCCUUCUGGGCAAAUAAUGGGGUACAUUCUGGGAAAAUCAGAAGGACAAGCUGAGGAAUGGCACGGCCACGUGACCACUCUCACAGUCUCCCCUCAGUUCAGAAGACUGGGCAUUGCUCAUACUCUCAUGGACCAACUCGAGAAAAUUAGCGAGAACCAGAAAUGUUACUUUGUGGACUUGUUCGUAAGAGUAAGUAACGAUGUAGCUAAGGGAAUGUACAAGAACUUCGGGUACUCAGUGUACCGUCAGAUUGUGGAGUACUACGCGGGAGGCAACGCACCCCACUCUCCGCCUGACGAGGACGCGUACGAUAUGCGCAAGGCGCUGUCACGUGACCCGGAAGGUAAAUCCCUGAUAGCAAAGAAGAAGGUGAUAAAAACGAACGAGUUGUUCUCAAACUGACAGAGGGGUUCCAGUCUGGACCGGCUGGAACAAGAGCCUUGUUUUAUCAUCCUGCAUCUCGUUAUCCUUAUCUUAUCUGUAUCUUAUCUGGUAUUCUGGUUAAGAUAGGUUAUUUGGUUUAUAAGACUGUCUCCUUCAUCUUAUGAUAUUCUUCAACUGUCUUGUGGCAGAGUCAAGCUACUGUUCUGUUUACUUUUCUAAAUAUUUCAAUGUUUCUCUCAUUUGGUGGUGCCAGAUUUGUAUUAUUUUCACAAAA